GUAUUGGCCGCAUUGUCCUUCGCAUUGCUCUCAAGAACAAGGACGUUCAGGUCGUUUCCGUGAACGAUCCUUUCAUUCCUUUGGACUACAUGGUCUACAUGCUCAAGUACGACUCCACCCACGGUCGUUUCGAUGGUACCGUUGAAGCCAAGGGCGGCAAGCUUGUCGUGAAUGGCAAGCCCAUCUCUGUUCACACUGAACGUGACCCCACCAACAUCCCUUGGUCCCAGGAUGGUGCCGAGUACAUCAUUGAAUCCACUGGCGUUUUCACCACCAAGGAAAAGGCUGAGGCUCACUUGAAGGGUGGCGCCAAGAAGGUUAUCAUCACCGCUCCUUCCGCUGAUGCCCCCAUGUUCGUCUGCGGUGUCAACUUGGAUGCUUACAAGUCCGAAUACAAGAUCAUCUCGAACGCUUCCUGCACAACCAAUUGUUUGGCUCCUCUUGCCAAGGUUCUCGAUGACAAGUUUACCAUCGUUGAAGGUUUGAUGACUACUGUUCACGCUACCACUGCCACUCAGAAGACCGUCGAUGGUCCUUCCGGCAAGGACUGGCGUGCUGGUCGUGGUGCUGGUGCCAACAUCAUCCCAGCUACCACUGGUGCUGCCAAGGCUGUCGGCAAGGUCAUUCCUCACUUGAAUGGCAAGUUGACCGGUAUGUCCUUCCGUGUUCCCAACCCCGAUGUUUCCGUCGUCGAUUUGACUGCCCGUAUCGAGAAGGGUGCUUCCUAUGAUGACAUCAAGGCCGCUAUGAAGGCUGCUUCCGAGGGUGAAAUGAAGGGUAUCCUUGGUUACACUGAAGAUGAAGUCGUCUCCACCGAUUUCCUUGGCGACUGCCACUCUUCCAUCUUUGAUGCCAAGGCUGGUAUUUCGCUCAACCCCAACUUUGUCAAGUUGAUCUCUUGGUAUGAUAACGAAUAUGGUUAUUCUUGCCGUGUCGUCGACUUGCUCGUCCAUGCCGCAAAGGUCGAUGGUGCUAUGUAAAAAGUAAAAAAUAAGAACACCAUAUGAUGUAUAUAUGACUUCACAUCGAGUCGAAAAUAAAGUGCUGUAUA